AUGGAGCCACGUAAUGAAAAGGAGAGACUUGAAUCAGGAUGUGGAGCCGUUCUGCAAGGGAUGGCUGGGAAGAAAGUUGUUGUGGAGCUUCGUGGUGAUAAUUAUGUGAUUGGAAUACUGGAACGCUGCGACUCAAAUCUCAAUUUAUAUCUGAAAACGGUGACGGUGAUUCGUGAUUCGCAGAAAACUGAAGAGGAGACGUAUUUUGUGAAGGGAAAGCAUAUAAGAUUUGUCCAUUUCGAGCAUACUGUCCAUCCGACAGCCGCAAUUCGUCGUUGCAUUCAAGGAAAACAAGCCGUAGAUCAGAAGAAAAAUCGGCGUCUCGAUCAGAAGCAGUACGAUACUGGCAAGAAGAUUAUUGAAGAAUGA